AUGCCUGUGUGUUGUAUUGUGCAGUGUGGUGCAAAAAAGAACGAAAAUCAACCUCAAUUGUCUUUGUAUAGAUAUGGCCUCAUAUUGGCUGACAAAAGUAAACCAAAGCCCACAUUCCAGGCCUCCAGAAAUGUUUUUGGAAACGAUUCCGACUCAGACGACGAAUCUAAGAAAAAAUUAUCUUUACCUCGACCUAGCGAUCUUAUAAAUAGGAAGGCAAAAUUGACUCAAGAAAAAGCUUUAACUGAAGAUCCAACAGUUUACCAGUAUGAUGAAAUAUAUGAAGAAAUGGUUAGCAAAAAGGAUAAGGAGAAAGUCAAAACUAAAGAAGAGAAGAAACCCCAAUACAUAGAAAAUUUGAUGAAGGCUGCUAAUAAGCGAAAAAUUGAAAAUGAGAGACGUAUUGAGAGACAAGUUCAAAAGGAAAGGGAAAAGGAGGGUGAUGAAUUUAAGGAUAAGGAAGUAUUUGUGACCUCUGCAUACAAAAAGAAGUUGGAAGAAAUGAGAUUAGAAGAAGAGAAAGAGAAACGAGAAGAGUAUUUGGAGAAUAUUGGAGAUGUUAUGAAACAAAGAGAUUUAGGUGGUUUUUACCGUCAUCUAUAUGAACAGAAGUUAGGAAAAGAUAAAACUGAAGUAGAAAAUGUAGAGGCAACAAAGUCUGAUGUUACAGAAGAAAGUAAAAAUGAUGAUGAUGCAUCUACAAAAACGACUACAAAUCCUGAUUUACAAAAGAAAAGAAAUUACAGAAAGCGAAAAUCAUCAGACAGGACACGAUUGUCUGAUGGCGAAAUUGAGGACUCUGAUGAAGAGAUUAAUCGUGUUAAUCUAGAUGAUUUAAAAUUGGCAAAGAAACAAAAGUCGGAAAAUAUUGAUGCAGAUUCAGAUUUUUCAAUAGAUGAGUCAAGUGAUGAAGAUGGUGACAAAAAAGAGCCUUUGAAAAUUAAACCAGAAAAAUCUGACGAGAUAAAUGUAAAAGAAAAGACCAGUAGCCCUAAACAAAUUAAAAAUGAAAGUACUGAAACUAAAGAAGUGACACCAAUACCAAAAGAGAAAAUUGAUAUUUGGAAAAAGAGAACUGUUGGACCAGUUUUUGAAGAAGCUCUCAAAAGGUAUUAUGAAAGAAAAGCAGCAAGAGGUUGUUGA